GACCGAACUGUUGUAGGGUAGAAGGCGAGAGGAAAUGCCAUGCCAUCGCCCCGGUGCUCAAAUUUCUCUACGUGUGGACGGCUUUUAAAGGAGCCGUUACUACUUCCACCGAGCUCUCCAUUUGGGAUAUGUGAUCAUACUACGAUAUGUGACAGAACAUGCGGUUACUUUAGCUUUUGCUUAAUCAAUUGGAUCCUGAAACUGCUCCCACUCGGAGUGUCUCCUCCUACCGCUGAUAUGAGAGUCUCAGCAGCCUCCGCAGCACAGUCACACGGAGCUGGCGUGGAUGCCUGAAAAGGGGUAUAGCAAGCACACUUUAUUUGGAUGAUAUAGAAUGUGUUGCCUUGCUCUUCUGCCGCUGAGAGCCCGAAGCUCCCCAAAUCAAGUGGAAAAACUCAGGUGGAAGUGAUUCGGUUACCAUCAGAACGGAAAAUAUGGCACCUCAGCAACCUUCCAGCAUGGAGGAGCAGUCAGGGGAGCUAUGUGAACCUGAAUCUGAGGAGGGAGAAAAACAAGAACCAGGACCUCCUUCUGAUCAAGCUCAUCCAGUUACCUACGAUGCUCCAGAUGGAGGCUGGGGAUGGGUGGUCCUGGUGGCUACUAUCCUUGUCUUAGCUCUGACACUGGCCUUCCCCUCCUGCAUUGGCAUCUUCUACUUAGAUCUUCAGGAAGAAUUUCAAGCCAGCAACAGUGAGACGUCUUGGGUGCCAUCGAUAAUGACGUCAGUUCUGCAUGCGGGAGGUCCUCUGUGCAGUGUGCUGGUGGAACACUUUGGUUGCCGGGCGACAGUGAUGUUUGGGGGAGUGCUGAGUGGUUUUGGGAUGGCGGUCAGCUCUUUCUCACAUUCCAUCGUUGACUUGUACAUCACCACUGGGGUCAUCACAGGUCUGGGAUUCUGUUUUAGCUUCCAGCCUGCGGUCACUAUACUUGGCCACUACUUUGUGCGCCGUCGUCCUUUCGCCAAUGCAAUGUCCUCCACCGGUACUGCUCUGGGUCUGUCUACAUUGCCCUUUUUAGGUGACUAUCUGCAGAGUACGCUGGGCUGGAGAGGGAGCUUUCUGGUACUUGGCGCUGUGCUGCUCAACUGCUGUGUUUGUGGAGCCGUCAUGAGACCAGUCAGGCCUCGCAAGCCAAAAAAGACAGAGGUGAUGAGCAUCGAUCCCAGACCCGCAGGCAAAAAGGGAUGCGUGUUGGGGAUCUUUCGGAGUUUAGCAUCAGCCCUCAGAAAACACAUGGCCUUUGACCUCUUCUGUAGUAAUUUGCGAUUUCGUAUUUUUUCACUGGGCAUCACUUGGAUGAUGUUGGGGUUUGUGGUGCCGCUUAUUUACCUGGUCCCAUAUGCAACAGCUCACAAAAUGGAUCCAAGCCGUGCCGCCCUGCUGCUUUCAAUCCUGGGCUUUGUCAACAUCAUUGUGCGCCCUCCCGCUGGAGUGCUCUUUAGCCUGUCCUGGUUUAAAGGUCGACACAUUUAUGUUUUCUCAGCCGCACUCCUGAUAAAUGGACUCAGUAAUAGUAUCUGCUGCAUUUCUGCCAGUUUCCCAGUGCUGUUAAUGUAUGUGCUGACGUACGGACUGUGCAUGAGCGUGGUAGGCUCGCUGAUGUUCACCGUUCUGAUGGACACGGUGGAGAUGAGUCGAUUCCCUUCUGCGCUUGGCCUGCUGUCUAUCAUGGAAAGCGUCACGCUGCUGAUAGGACCUCCUCUUGCAGGAAUCCUUGUGGACCGUACCGACCAGUACACGUAUGUGUUCCUGGCCUGCAGCAUCUCAGUGGCCUUAUCAGCUCUGUUCCUCAUGGUUUCCUUUUACUAUCUGGACUCCCAUGAUGCAGCCCAGAAGAACGGUUCACCAGCAUCUGGGUCUCCAGUUAAACCUGCAGUCAAUUUGCCCAUGGACUGCCAGUACAGCAGUGUGCCUACAGAUGGAGAAAAGACAAAUAACCCAUCAUCAGAAGCAGAAAAAAACACAGAUGUAUGAGCUGGGUCAGAGUUUUUAUGUCUUUGUAAUCGUGAGCUGUAUCAGGUACAUAAAUAUGUUUCUUAGUAUCAGAAUGUGCGGUUUAUAACUGUGUUAUUUCAGCGUCAAUCCCUUUGUUAUACUACACUGGCUUUUGUAAACAUCCUGGUCUCACAUCACUGGUUUGCCUUAUACAGUAUAUUAGUGCCACAGCGCUACAGCGACAUCCGUUAUUGCAGUCCUUUGAAUUCAAGUAAAUAAACGCUUCUUCAUUCCUGACUGAAAUGACAGAAUGCUGAAGUUGUUCACCCAGGAAAUUAAGCUAUUUCAAGUCAGGAAAUGUUGAAAAUUGUGACUGAUUUUUUCCAUCUCAUACUUCAGUUUCCUUAUUAUAUAUUUUUUUUGCCAGUUAACACUACUGUUUGACAGUUUGAGGUUGAUAAGAUUUUUAAAAGAAGUCUCUUAUGCUCACCAGGUCUGCUUUUCCAUAUUCAAAAAUACAAAAAUAGUAAUAUUGUGAAAUGUUAUUACAAGUUUAAAUAACUGUUUUCUAUUUUCAUACACUACCAGUCAAAAGUUUUUGAACAGUACGAUUUUUAAUGUUUUUUAAAGAAUUCUCUUUUGCUCAUCAAGCCUGCAUUUAUUUGAUCCAAAAUAUAGCAAAAGCAGUAAUAUUGUGAAAUAUUUUUACUAUUUAACAUAACUAAUUUUUAUUUGAAUAUAUUUUAGAAUGUAAUUUAUUUCUGUGAUCAAAUCUCUUCUUCUGAACUAAAUAUUUAACAAAAAAAAAAAAUGUAAAUAAUAAAAAGUAUUAGGGUUUUAAUACAAAUAAUAAGCAGCGUGACUGUUUUUAAACAUUUACAUAACAAAUGUUACAUAAUAAAAAAAUUUAUUAUUACAUAAUUAUUAUUUGAUUUUAUUAUUACAUAAUAAACAUAAUUAAGAAAUAAAGAAAUGUUUCUUGAGCACCAGAUUAUUUCUGAUAGAUCAUGUGACACUGCUAAAAAUUUAGUUUUACCAUCACAGGAAUAAUUUACAUUUUAAAAUCUACACCAGUCAAAAGUUUUUGAACAGUAAGAUAUUUAAUGCCUCUUCUGUUCAACAAACCUGCAUUUAUUUGAUCCAAAGUACAGCAAAAACAGUAAAAUAUAAAUUGAAAUAUACUUAUUAUUUAAAAUAACUUAUCUAUUCUAAAAUGUAAUUUAUUCCUGUGAUUUCAAAGCAUCAUUACUCCAGUCACAUGAUCCUUCAGAAAUCAUUCUAAUAUUCUGAUGUGCUGCUUUUCAGGUUUGAUGAAUAGAAAGUUCAAACGAACAGAAUUUAUCUAAAAAAGAAAUCUUUUGUAACAUUAUAAAUGUCAAUCACUCUUGAUCAAUUUAAAGCAUCCUUGCUAAAUAAAAGUAUUAAUUUCUGUAAUUUCUUUCCUAAAGAAAUUAUAGAAAUGAAUGAAUGGUAUAGUGUAUAAUGUUACAAAAGCGUUUUAUUUCAGAUAAAUGCUGAUUUUUUUAUCUUUCUAUUCGUCUAGAAAUCCUGUAUGUACUUAGCUGUUUAAAAUAUUGAUAUUAAAAAAUAAAAAUGUUUCUUGAACGGCAAAUCAGCAUUAGAAUAAAUUCUGAAGGAUCAUGUGAUCCUUAAGACUGGAAUAAUGAUGCUGAAAAUCAGUGUUUAUUUUAAAGACACUGACAUCUAACAUCUUCCUGACACUUUUUAUUUUAUGCAUCCUUGCUGAAAGUUUUAAUUUCUUAAAAAAUCUUACUGACUCCAAACGUUUGAA